GGCCACGGCCACGGUCGCACGACCUGCGCAGGCAUUGCGCCAACGCCGCGACCCCCCUCGACCCUCCGUUCCGCCAAAGCGCAGCGCCGGCAUGGACAAUGCCACCGAGCCGCCAGGCAAGCGGCGCCGCCUGGACGAGCCGCAUGUCAUCACUAGAGACCAUAUUUUGCGCAAGUUCGCCGGCAAGCCACCCUCGCUCGUCCUGCACCUCCACCCCAACUUCUUCCGCUUCGAGUCGCAGGACGGGAGCUGGCCAUACGAUUCGCCUAUGAAAUUCGUCCUGGACGACAUCCGCAAAGAACGCGUCCCUCACGAGCUGCUCGAGGAGCUGUUGUUGAACAAUGUGCCCUUCUACGACGACUGCCUCAUUGUUGAGAUCCACAACCACCGCGCCGCCACGGGCAAGAGCAAGCGCGAAGAUGCCGCCAACAAUAGCACGCGGUCCUCGAUGCACAACUACAGCGUCUACGUGACACCAUCUCCCUAUGUAGACUACCCAAGGCAGGCGCAGCAACAGGCCGUCGAGAAGGCGGAGAAUGAGAAAGCUUCGGCCGGCGAGGACAAGGGAAAACAGCAGGAUGGACCUCAGAUCGCCACGGUCGUGCUCUUUCCCACCGAGAUGACCCGGCAUCGUGAGAUGCUGCUCCUGGCGAAGACGCCGGCCUCACAAAUGCCGCGCAAGAGGAAAGGUGGAGAUGAACCUCCCACGCCCCAGCUAUCGGUCCCCCCAACCCCCAUGGCAGCCACCGCUGGCCGGUCCACCCCUGACGACAACAAAAUGUGUCUGGAGCCCCAGGACUUUUACCAAUUCCAGGCAGAUGUGCUGCUAGCAACUCAGCCCCCGCUGCUCCUACAGCCUGUUGAUGGGCCCGAAUCGACGCAGAAAGUUCUCGAAGCGCUAUCUCAUCCCCUACACCAGGCCUCACCACCGUCGCCCAAGACCCGGAAGAGGACGACCGCCGAGAUGGCGGCAGAUGACGAGAAAGCAGCGGAGGCGGAGAGGAGGAUGCUUGUUAUGGACGAGAGGAUUAAAGCCGGCGCGAACGCGGGCGCGGCAGAGAAUACAGGCACAGCUGCCACCAUGGGCUUCAGCCGCUUCAAAACUAUCCAGGUCGUUAGGGAGAAGCUGGAACAGGCCGAGCGGGAGAAGAAGGAAAAGGAACACCAGGAGCAGGCACGUAAACGACAAGCUGAAGAGGAAGCACAAAGACAAGCCAAGGCGCAACAAGAGGCCGCUGAGCAACAUCAGCAGAUGCUGAAGCAGCGACAGGCUGCCGCAAUGAUGAAACAACGCCAAAUGCAGCAACAGCACGCAUACCAACAGGCUCAUGGCCAUCCUCAGCAGAACAUGUUGGCACAGCAGCAAGCUAUGCACGCGGCCUCCAUGGCUCAGGCGAGUCCCGUAGUGCGGCAACAGACUCCUAUGAUGAAUUCAUCCCCAAUGAUGCCAGCAAAUGGCUUCCCUAUGCAACCGACUACAAGUCAAGGAGCCGGAAGUCCACCCCGUCCAACCUCAGCAACGAUGUCCAACGCGAAUGCAGCAAUGCAGCGCCAGGUCAGUCAGCAGCAGCAUCCGAGCCGAAAUGCUACGCCGCAGAUGCCACAGGCUACACCAAACAUGGGUGGUAUGCCAAAUCGCCAGAUGAGCCAGACGCCACGCAUCGCGCAAGGAAGUCCCGCACCCGGCACACCCGCUGCAAAUGCUAUGGGCGGGCUACCCAUGCAAACUCCCGCUGGAAUGACCCAAGAACAAUUCGCCAUGCUACAGCAUCAACGCAUGGUCAAUCAGCAUAACGCGAACGCCAUGCAAUCUGCAUCGCCUGGACAGCAUGCCACACAAUCAAUGACCCCCGAGCAGAUCCAGAAUAUUGCUCAAAGGCAAUCGAUGCAGAUGCGCCAGCAAGCACUCAUGCAGCAGGCUCAAGGUAAUCCGCAGAUGGCGCAGGCGCUUGCACAACGCCAGGCCAUGAUGAUGAGACAGCAGCAAGCGCAGAUGAUUCAGCAACAGCGAAUGCAGAUGCAGCAGCAGCACGGGCAAGCUGGACAGAACUCGAACGCACACCCGGGUACGCAGGCGAAUGGCCAAAUGAAUCACGGCCAUCCUCAGCAAGGCGAUGGCAACCAAGCUCAGAUGACAGCGCAACAACUACAACAUAGACAGCAGCUGCAGCAGCAGCAGUUCAGGCAAGCGCAGUCUGUUCUGACACGGCUGCAGCAGCAGUACGGGAGCCUUAACCAGAUCCCUGGUCAUGUCAUUGCGCAGCUCCCACAGGCAGCACAAAUGCUACUGAAAUCCACACAGCAACGCCAAAAUGCUGCGCAGGCGCAACAGAUGGCUGCGCGAGCUCAGCAUGCCUCGCAGCAUGGUCAAGCUGUAGUUGGGACCUCCGGCGGAGAUCCCGAGUAUAUGCAGACACUGCGUGCACAUCAGGAAAUGUUGCGACAACAACAGGCCGGCAUGGGUGGUAAUAUGAAUAUGAAUAUGGGCAUGAAUAUGGGUAUGAACAUGGCUAAUCAGCAGUUUAAUAAUCAACAAGGUAAUAAUGCUGAUCUCAGUCAGCAGUUCCAGGCCAUGCAAAGGGCUCUGGCACAGAAUGGCCAGAACGGUCAGAUGUGAUCUAGUUUACGACAACUUGAUACCGCUAUUGAAGCGAAGGACGAAUUUGAUACCCUGUCCCCGAC